CUGCAAUAAUUCCUUUUUUCCGAUCUCAAUUCCCAAUUCUUUCGAAGCUGGUGGAGAUGUACAAUUCCAAUCUGGCCGCGGCUGAAACUCCUCUUUUAGAUGACACAGUUCAUGCCUGCCUUGAUUUCAAAGGCCGCCCUGUCCGCCGCUCAAACUCCGGUGGUUGGAGAUCGGCUUCUUUCAUCAUUCUUGUCGAAGUUGCAGAGAGGUUUGCUUAUUUUGGGAUCUCUACAAACUUAAUUUCUUACUUAACGGGGCCUCUGUCUCAGUCCACUGCCACCGCCGCUGCUCAAGUUAAUGCCUGGUCGGGAGCAGCGGCGCUUCUCCCACUGUUGGGUGCUUUUAUUGCCGAUUCUUUUCUUGGCCGAUACCGCACCAUCAUCGUUGCUUCUCUUGUUUACGUUUUGGGCCUAGGCUUGUUGACUCUGUCUGCUACUCUUCCAUCUGUCACCACUUCUGGUGCCCAUAAUGCAGAUAAUGUCACAUUAAACACUUCAUCAGAGCUUCAGUUUCAAGUGAUACUAUUCUUCUUCUCACUAUAUCUGGUAGCAUUUGCACAAGGCGGGCACAAACCCUGCGUUCUAGCUUUUGGCGCCGAUCAAUUUGAUGCACAAGACCCUGAGGAGUGCCAAGCCAAGGGUUCUUUCUUUAAUUGGUUGUACUUUGGAACUGCUGCUGGUAUCUUAGUGACCCUUUUGGUUUUAAAUUACAUACAAGACAAUCUAAGUUGGGUUCUUGGAUUUGCAAUACCUGGUAUUGUGAUGGCUUUUUCACUGCUUGCUUUUCUGCUCGGAACGACAACUUACAGAUUUAGUGUCAAAGGGGACGAAGUAAGCCCAUUUGCGAGGAUUGGUCGAGUUUUUGUUUUGGCUGUUAGUAACCGAAAAACAGCUUCUUCAGCAAUUGCUAAAGAGGAAGCUCUUCCAACUGAAAGUUCCAAGCAAUUCGGAUUUCUCGAGAAUGCCUUGCUUGAUCCAGAUGAUACAAUGGAGCAGGGAAAGUGUGUAGCAUCAGAGGUCGAAGAAGCAAAGGCUGUUUUAAGGCUUGCACCUAUAUGGGCUGCAAGCUUGAUUUAUGCAGUUGUUUUUGCACAGUCAUCAACAUUGUUUACUAAGCAAGGUGCUACAAUGGACAGAACAAUUACAGCAGGGUUGAAAAUACCAGCUGCUUCACUCCAGUGUUUCAUAAGCUUUGCAAUUAUGCUCUUCAUUCCUAUAUAUGAUCGAAUAUUUGUUCCUUUUACAAGAGCUGUCACCGGAAAACCAGGUGGAAUUACAAUGCUGCAAAGAAUUGGAACUGGAAUUGCUCUAUCAGUUAUAGCAAUGGUGAUUGCUGCUUUAGUAGAGAUGAAGAGGCUUAGAACUGCUCGAGAACAUGGGUUGAUAGACCAGCCAAACGUGACAGUUCCAAUGCGUGUGUGGUGGUUGAUCCCUCAAUACUCGUUGUAUGGAUUAUCUGAUGUAUUUGCCAUUGUUGGUCUUCAAGAAUUUUUUUAUGAUCAGAUGCCUGAUGAAUUAAGAAGCAUCGGUGUUGCAGUCUACCUUAGCAUCAUCGGUGUUGGAAGUUUCUUAAGUUGCUUUCUCAUCUCUGUUAUUGAGAAAGCAACUGGUGGGGAUGGCGGAGAUAGCUGGUUUGCAGAUAAUCUAAACAAGGCACAUCUUGAUUACUUUUAUUGGCUGCUUGCCGCGCUUAGUGCUGUGGGAUGGGUACUCUAUAUAUUUUCCACAAAAUCUUAUAUUUAUGCCAGGGGAGCUACCUUAUAAAAUUCUUCUAAGCCCUGAAUUCGAGUGUUACCGAGUAAUUGUAACCGUAUUAUGUUCUUUUCUAGAGCUUUUCGGAGUAAGAUUUGUAAUGCAAUCAAGGAAUACAUGUAUACAUGCUAUAUGUAGAAGCUAUGUCAUUUUGAA